UCCAUAUUGGCGGGGGAGGGCAUCAACGUUAAGUUCGCGAACCUCGACGCGUCGGCGUACGAUCUCACGGCGGAGGAUCGUCUGCAGGCCGAGCUGCAGAAGACCGUCAAGGCUAUGUUUGGCUCUGCCACGGAGAAGUUCCAGCAGCUGGAAAAGAGGCGUGCGGUGGCACUGCUGCCCCUGCCGAUGGUGUUCUCGACGCUCCUGGUCCUGCCGGCCUUCCUGCUGGUAGUGGUGACGAUGUUGAUGGUGAUGCUCGUCUCGACGGACCAGAAG